AAAUAAAACUUUUACAAAUCUCCGAGUAUUUUGUAGGUCAAAAGAAAAUGCAGUUACUAAAAAAUAAGUUCGACUCCAAAAAAGUGGAACAGUUUUUAAUAAGUGAAAAUAAAUUUAUUACAGAUUUAUUUUCCAUUACUGCUAUACCGGAGAGGAAAGAUUUCUUGGAAAACGAUGUAGAAGAUGACGAUAUGAAUGGCCAGAAUUCUGGAUUUAGUGUACUGGGCACUAAAACUUCAAGGGCCAAAUCGUUGCAAGAAUUGCAGCAACGUUUAGAAGCAAUUACAAGCAAGAAAAAACUUACUUACAAAGAAAAGUUAGCCAAAAAAGGCUUAAAAAAUCGUAUGAAGAAAAAAAGUAAGCAGGAUGAGCGGAAUGCAAAACAAAAAUUGAUUCGAGCAGCAAAAUUAACAAACACGGAAAUUAAAAUUGAAGAAGGAGAUACAAAACCUAACACUACAAAACCAGUCUUUAAUAGUGAAAAUAAAAUGGUAUUUUCAAAAUUUGAUUUUGCAAAUUUAGGCAUGAAACGACAAAAGAAACAAGAGAAAGACCCUAAGAAAUUAUUGAAAAAAAUAGAUGAACAGAAAGACAAACUACAAAAAUUGGAGGAGAGUGGAGAAACUGAAAAAAUUAUUGAAAUUAAAGAAAAAACAGCAUGGAAAAAUGCUUUUGCCAAGGCUGAAGGUGUUAAAGUGAAAGAUGAUCCAACGUUAUUAAAGAAAUCUUUGAAAAGAAAAGAACAGAAGCAAAGAUCUAGCAAAAAUAAGUGGGAAAAGAGACAACAAGGUGUGCAGAAAGCAAAAGAGGAAAGACAGCAGAAAAGAUCAGACAAUAUCGAGAAGAGGAAAAAAGAGAAAAAGAACAGAAAACUUAAAACGGCUUCUAAGAGGGGUAGAAUUAUUCCAGGGUUUUGAUAAUUGUACAUAUUUUAAAAAGUAAAUUUCCUAAAUUAUUUUG